GCUGCGCGAGCGUACGUCCCCUGCGCCGUGACGUCACAAUGCUGGCGCGCCGGCCCCGGCCUUAGCAACCGGCCUAGCGACGAUCACCAGCCUGUUGCCGGUUUCUCCUUUCCAGCCCUGCGCUGCCAGGGCUGGGCCUGGCCGGGGGAAGGACCGACGGGGAUCCCUGGUGUCCCCAGGGCGGCUGCAAGAGGACUAAGCAUGGACGACAGCCGGAGAGUCAGAGCAUCCUCUGUCCUUCCCAGAUAUGGACCACCAUGCCUACUUAAAGGACACUUGAGCACCAAAAGUAAUGCUUUUUGCACUGACUCUUCUUCUCUCAGACUAAGCACUCUCCAGCUGAUCAAGAAUCACAUGGCUGUUCACUAUAAUAAAAUCCUUUCAGCCAAAGCUGCAGUAGACUGCUCAGUUCCAGUAAGUGUGAGUGCCAGCAUCAAAUAUACAGACCAACGACGAAGAGAGAAGCUCAAAAAAGAAUUGGCAAGGUGUGAAAGAGAGUUUAAAUUAACUAAAAGUGCAAUGCAAUCCAAUUCUAAAAAUAAUUCCAGGUCAUUUUUUAACACCCUACGAAAGCCCUCAGGGGAGCCACAAGUGGAGGAUGAUGUGUUAAUAGAAGAAAUGAAUGGAUUUCCAUCCUUUGCGAGGUCUCUGGCACCUUCUUCAGAGAGACUAUACCUGCAUCUGCCCAAAUCCAAUCCAGUCCUCACAAAUGGGACUGGGAAGAACUCCAGUCACUCCCUGUCCAGCGCAGACUUCACAGCCUCAAGGCCCAGGAGGACUGGCUCUGGGGCCCCAAAUGGCCAAAGGUCCAGAAGUGCGUUCCUGAGCUCCCACAGGUUUCAGCUAGUCAUUUCCAAAGCAUCCAGCGGGGACCUCUUGGAUAAACAUUCCGAACGCUUUUCUAACAGACAGUUGCCAUUCACUCCGCGCACCUUAAAAACAGAAGCCAAAUCCUUCCUGUCCCAGUAUCGAUAUUAUACACCCGCCAAGAGAAAAAAGGAUUUUACAGACCAACAGAUAGAGGUUGAAACCCAGACUGAAGUAAGCAGCUUUAAAUCUGAUUUGGGGGCAGCUGAAACUACAGACUUCACAGAUUCAGACAGGAAGAUAAAGCAGGUAUCUAGUCAUAUGGCAUAUGACUUCAAAGAAAAAGUAGCCCUUUCACCUCUACAAGGGCACAACUUAGCAUGGGCCGAGAUUCAAGAUGGUGCCCGUCUACACUCUUCAACAAGGACAGCAUGUCAGUGUUCCCUGCAGCCUCCUUCACAGAGUAAAAUCUCCUCUGAUGACGAAGAACUGCUGUAUCUGAGCUUCAUUGAAGAUAUAACAGUUGACAUUUUGAAACUUGGUCUGUUUUCAAACAGGUUUCUAGAACGACUGUUCGAACGGCAUAUUAAGCAAAAUGAACAUUUGGAAGAGGAGAAGAUGCGCCACCUGCUGCGUGUCCUGAAGGUGGAUUUAGGCUGCAGCUCCAAGGAAAGCUCUGGAAGGCCAAGUGAUAGGGAUAUGUUGCACUUGCUUGAUGUUGAAACGGCUGACAGUUCAGAGCAAAAUGAGUUUAAAAAUAAACACAGGGUAACAAUUCAACAGGAAUGCCAAGAAUACCAUGAAGCUUUGGACAUGUUACUGUCUGCACCAAAGGACGAGAACGAGAUACCCUCUUCAUCGGGUGGGUUUUUCAUGCCCAUCCAUAAACCAAAGACUUCAGAAGGGGUUAUAAUUCAACAAGUGAAUGAUGAAACAGAUAUGGAACCUUCAACUUGGGAUGAAAACAACCCAAGCAUUUCAGACAGUUUAACAGAUCAGGAAACCUCUGUGAAUGUCAUUGAAGGUGACAGUGACACCGAAAAGGUUGAGAUUUCAAACGAAUUAUGUUGUCUUGACACACCACUCUCCCAGUCUGUCCAGUUCUCCAGUGUCAGCGGUGACAAUACUGACAUGGAAUCAUCAACUCUUAAAAUCAUGGAUAUGAGCAUCAACGACUGCCCCAUGGCUGUUUAAUCCUCAUUAAUAAAUACCUCAAAUGGCCAGUAACUCAGUA